CAAGACAUACACAAGUACACCAUGCCUACAGAAUUAGAAGAGCUCGUGGAGUUCCUGCAUCACGGAAAUACGCAGAUUCGACAAGCCGCUGCGGAACAUCUCGUUGGAUACUCCCAAGCGGACCUUCCUUUAUUCAAACGAAACCAAUUGGAGCCCGUCAAAGACCUGAAGCUUCUCGUCAAGGACUAUGCUCCGAUCGCCAAGAAUGCAUUCACCAUCCUCAUAAACAUAUCGCAAGAUGCGGAGGUCCUGAAAUCCCUCGCGGGGGAUGACGCCUUCUUGGAACUACUCUUGUCUCGGAUAACAAACAAAAAGGAACCCAAUGCGAAUGAAAUCGCAAUGCUUCUCGCCAACAUGGCGAAGGACGACUCAUUACAAAGAGUUCUGGAAUUAAAGCGAGAUGUUCCCAAAGAGUUGUCCACCUCGAAAUGGGCGAUGGAUCAGCUUCUUGAUUGUUUUGUCAAGGGUGCAGAAGGCGCAUACAACGAGAAGGCCGACUUCAAUUACCUGUCGUACUUUUUCGCUGACCUCGCAAAAUUCUCGCAAGGACGCAUAUACCUCACAAGCCCACAAGCCCACGACUCUGACAUUAUCCCGCUUACCAAACUUCAAGUCUUCACCGAUCAUCCCUCACAUAUCCGUCGCCUCGGCGUUGCGUCCACAAUCAAAAACGCAGCCUUCCACACGGCCUCGCACCCUACACUGUUAUCGAACCUCUCCCCGGACCCGGCUCUGCCCACGCCAUCCGUAGGCGCGAACCUCCUCCCUUACAUAAUUCUUCCCCUCAUGGGCCCGGAGGAAUACUCCGACGAGGAUACAGACGGCAUGCUUGAUGAAUGCCAACUAUUGGAGCCAGACAAGGAGCGUGAGAAGGAUGUUGAGAUUAUGAAGACACACUUGGAGACUCUUCUGCUGCUCAGCACGACAAGAGAAGGCCGCGACGUGCUCCGAAAGGUCAAGGUAUAUCCCAUUGUUCGUGAGUGCCACUUACAGGUAGAUAAUGAGGGUGUGCGAGAGGCUUGUGAUAGACUAGUGCAGGUCAUCAUGAGAAAGGAAGAAGGCGAGGAGGAAGAUGAAAUCCCGAAUGCUGAGCAAAUGGGUGGCGGUGGUGCUGGGAAGUUGUUGGAGUUCAAAAAUGAUCACGAGGAUGAGGACGAAGACGAAAAGAUUAUCGAUAUUCUAUAGAAAUUCAUAGACCUGGCCCUGUCCGUCAUAAAGACAUUACUAUAU